UGACGUAGAAGAAAGUAACACACAAAACAAAAUAAAAAACUUAAACCUAUUAUUGUAUUUCCUUCUUCUAUUCCCCAAUCCCACCACCAUUCAUUCCUUUCCAUUCCAUUCCACAAUGUCAUGGUUCACUCGAUCCAUCGCCAACACUCUCCAACAACUCGACCUCAAUAACGCCGACGACCACACCGAUCAAAUACCUCCCAAACAUCAAGAAGAAGAAGAAGAUCCAGAUCACGUCGAAGAUAACGCUGAAGAUUCACCGUUAUCUCCAAACCGUGGAGUUAAAGAAGACUUAUCAGAAAUCACCAAAACCCUAAGUCGUCAGUUUUGGGGCGUCGCUUCCUUUCUGGCCCCACCACCACCACCAGAACCCGAACACUCGGAUCACGAAUCGGAUCAGGAAGAUGAAGCUCCGGAAGCUAUAUCUGGAAUUAGAAGAGAUUUUGCGGAGAUAGGAGGGAGAUUUAGAAGUGGAAUAUCGAAGCUGAAAACGAAUAUAGAUGUUUCCGAGAUUACGAAAAUCGCAACGAAUUUUCUGCAGCUGUCGGCUGAUGGAGAGGACUAUGUGUUGAAUAAAGAAGCAGGUGAAGCCAUUGGUGUGACUGAUGAAGUUGUUGCUUUUGUUAGAGAUAUUACUAUGCAUCCUGAAACUUGGCUUGAUUUCCCUCUGCCCGAUUUUGAUGAUCAACACCACGUCCAAGAAGAUUUUGAACUGUCUGAUGCACAACAAGAGCAUGCAUUGACGGUUGAAAGUUUGGCACCAAGGUUGGCUGCACUUAGGAUAGAACUCUGCCCUGGUUAUAUGAGUGAAAGCUCUUUCUGGAAGAUAUAUUUUGUGCUGCUGCAUCCCAGACUUGAACCUCAUGCAGCGGAACUUCUUUCAACACCCGAGAUUGUGAAAGCCAGAGCGGCGCUGAAAUACGAGUUGAAGGGGCGUUCAAGCUCCCAGGCAAAGGAGGAGGAAGGGUCGGGAAAUAACCUUCUUUAUUCCGAAUUUAAGCCAGAUUCUUCUCAAGAACAGCAUCUUCCUGAGCCAUCUGGCGUUCAAUCAGAAUCUGUGCCACUUGAGCUAUCUACAACUCAAGCAUCCACCUCUGGUACUUCGGUUGAUGCAAAGACCGAAAAACAUCCCAUCCCAUCUGAAGAAGUUCAGAUUGUAGACAAAUCAGUUAUCCAAGAGGAGCCACGAAAUGCGACCGAAACAAAUCAAAAUGUAGCUGAAGAUAAAGACGAUGAUGAUUGGUUGAAGGAUGACGAUGAUAAAGAUGAUAACUCAGAGAACGUCACUGGUACAACUACAAUCCCCAUCGAGAAUGAUGAGGACGUAUCGUUCAGUGAUCUUGAGGAAGACGAUGGAGAUGUCCCUGCAAAUUACAAAAAUGGUUCUGAUUCGUCAACAAAAGACUCACGAGACUGGGUUCAGCUUGGCAGUGACUCUUCGACUGCUGGACCUCGACAGGUGAGCGGUCGCAACUCUGAGGCGAAGGUUCCGAAUGAUUGGCUUGAUGUUGACGACAUCGAUGUGGCAUGAUGAUGUUUUUUGUCUUUUACACAUUGUUAAUGAAUUUGUUAUGUAUCUUCCUUAUGUGAAUAUCAUGUUAACAGUUUCUGUGAAUUUAAAUUAUGGCACUUUGAAUUGCUACUUGUACAUAAAUCUGGAUAUGUAUGUUUUACAAUAAGAUGCUUCAUUA